AUGGCUGAAUUCUUCCGAAUAGCAAGCAGCUGUCCUGUCUGUCUGACCUAUUUUGAGAAACCCGUGUCCUUGAAAUGUGGCCACACCUGCUGCCUCCACUGCCUGACUUCAGUGCGGACUGAGCCCGAUGGGGAGGGUGUGUUGUGCCCCAUCUGCCCUGUGGUCACUCGGAAGAAUGACCUCAAGAUCUGUUGUCAGCUGGGGACCCUGGUGUCCAAGAUCAAGGAGCUGGAGCCCCACCUGAGAGCUGUUCUCCAGCUGAACCCAAGGAUGCUCAAGUUCCAAGUGGAGAUGACAUUGGAUGCUGACACAGCCCACAAUCUCCUCAUCAUUUCCGAGGACCUGAGGAGCGUCCGAUGUGGGUCAGUCAAGCAGAAGCUGAAAGAACAUGUGGAGAGGUUCAGUCAGUCCAUCUGUGUCCUGGGCUCCUCUCGGUUCACCUCUGGCCGCCACUACUGGGAGGUGGAUGUGGGAACUAGCCAAGAAUGGGAUCUGGGCAUUUGCAGAGAAUCCAUUAACCGACAAGAGAAGGUCGUCAUGUCUACAGACCGUGGGUUCUGGAUUCUGAGUUGGAGGGAGGGCUGGUACUUCUCAUCCAGUACCACAAUUCCAAUAGCCGUCUUGGUGAGCCUCCCAUUACGCCGAGUGGGCGUUUUCCUGGAUUUGCACAUUGGAAACCUUUCCUUUUGUAACAUCGGUGAUGGAUCCCAUAUCUUCACAUUCACCAAGAUUUCUGCUUCCGAGCCCCUCCGCCCUUUCUUUUCUCCCUCGAUUCCAAGGCCUGGUGAUCACAGCUCCCUGAGUAUCUGUCCUGUGAUGGUUCCAAGCAUCCCAUCGGAACCCAAGACAGACCAAUGCACCAGGUCGACAAAAAGCAAUGGUUGA